GCCUAGGAACGUAUCUCCGAUGAGCUUAACUGAAACACACGAAGUCCUGCCGAUGACUUCGUAUCAGUUGCGAUCCAUCCACCCGGUGUGAUACAAGCGAUAUAUUCCGAUUUCUGACGGUCUCGCCGUAAAUUCUCAUGGAGCGUCGUCUCCGACACUUCAUUGCUGGCUCGUGUGCAAUUUUCGCAUUCGGCGCUUGUCUCACCAUCUACCUGUAUCGUUCCGCUGGCUCGAGAUUCACACGGCUCCGCCCGUUCGCGGACGUCAUGGUCGGGCCGGGAACGGAGAUUUACUGUGGCCGGCGGAGCAUCUUGCGCGGCCCGCACCAGAAGGUUCUCUCCUACAGCCUCUACGGGGUCAGAGGGAAAUCCCGAGCGGCGGGUCCGUACGAGCAGCUCAUAUCUGGGAUCCCCGAAUACGUCAAUAAGUGGUACCCAGGCUGGGUGAUGAGGAUAUACACGAAUUACUCGAGGGAGAACGAACAAGUUGCGUCUUGGAUGAAGACUCUGGAAGACAAAUUCCCCAAUCUAGACUUCUGCCACGUGGAAAACCUCCCCGGUAUCGUCGGAGACAUCCAGACGACUCAGAGCAACGGGAGGGUGUGGCGAUACCUCCCCAUGAUGGACCCCCUCGUCGACACCUUCGUGUCCAGGGAUUCGGAUUCCCCGGUGUCCGAGCGUGAGUCCGCGGCCGUGAAGGAAUGGAUGGAGUCCGGGUAUCUCUUCCACGCGAUGAAGGAUCACUCGGCUCACCACGGUCCUGUCUUCGUGGGUCUUUGGGGCGCAAAGGUGUCGCAGAAUCGAAGUUUCGUCCACUAUCUGGGGAGAAAAAUGCUCUUCGAGAGCGAACCCAGCAACGACGGGGGCUUGGAUCAGUAUCUUCUCCAUCACGUUUUGUGGAACGAAGCCCAGCAGCACUUCGUGAGUCCCGCACUUAUUCCAACGGCUGCAACAGCAUCCAUCGAAGGCCAUCCACCCUCUCUGUUCCAGAUGGUGCACGCCAGCUUCAACUGCGACGAAUUCGUCGGCGGGGCGAUGAGACCCUACCCGACCCGUCGGGAAGGAGGCUUCUGGCUCGGCUCGGGCCCCAGACACCAUCAAUUCAAACAGGAAUGCCCGCUGAAAUACAGGCCGAAGGAGCACCCCGACUGGGUCUUUUGCUGA